CGUGGCGGUUUUCAUUUGCUUCCACUAUACUAUGCUUGAUCACGCAAGGCUAGGCCGAACGCAACCACUGGUCGUCCUAUUCACACGACAUCUGCUGAGUAUUCUACCGUGACUGGUCGCAAGCAUCUUGAUGUUCUGAUUCGCCUUUCCCGGGUUGCUUGGUUGGCUUCAACAAAUCAAAAUGGCGUGGCAAUGUCGGGUCUUAUGAUGAGAACAGCACGGGUGGCCUUGACAGGAUCCCAAAAACUUGCUUGGUUGUGGUGUCUACCCUCGAUUUUGUGCUCUAUGCGACCACUUCUUCGGUGCCGUUACCUGUUGCUACGACUCAAAAUAGAAAAAGACUGCUCGGGGACAGGUGAAAUGGCCUCACCCAUUUUUGUGGACGGAUGGUGAUGUGGUCAAAAUGAUUGGCUACAGGACGUCAAAGGUCCCUUUUUCGAAUCUUCCAUCGUCACGACCCAGGUUGGCCUUCUUCCCCUUGAAGGGAUCUCCGUGCUGGUCAACGGCCUUUCCUUCACCUAUCUUUCACUUCAUUUCACUUGUGUGGCACGCUCGGACGUUUCUUGCAUAAGGCGAAAUGGGUGCGGGCAACCUUAGCGACGGCAGUAGUGAACAAGAAUUCAACGCAUUAAUCAAUCUGCCGCUGUUCCUCGGGUACAUCAUCAGUUUCUUCUUGCAAGGGAUUCUUCUUGUUCAAGUAUUCGCGUAUUAUCUCUCCUUCAGGAAGGACAGCGUAAUCAUCAAAGCCGCAGUUUGGUUUGUCUUCAUUUUGGAAUGGGCAUCAACAAUCAUCGCAACGGUCGCUGCUCUCAUAAGCUUCGUGAAGUUUGGACAACUAUCCGACCUUUCCUCCUUCACACUUUUCAAAGCGCUGGCACCAUUAUGUGGGCUAGUCACACUUGUGGUUCAAUCAUUCUAUUGCUACCGCAUCUAUGCCCUGAGUCGACGUCUAGUGAUUCCAGGGAUCAUUCUCUUACUGUCGUUAACGCAAUGCGCGAUGGUCAUCGUGGCGGGAUUCGAAUCGGAAUUAGGAGUCGGGUUGGAGUCGGCUGAAGACCCGUUCAUUAGCACUGUCUGUGUUGUAUGGCUCACCUCGACCCCCAUUGCGGAUUUCCUGAUAGCAUUGACGCUAAUCAUUCUGCUGUCGCGGGCGUCGCGAAUGAUACCUUCAGAAAAGACCAGGCUAGAGAAGAUUAUGAUGGUCUCCGUCGAAACAGGCCUCAUCACGGGAUGUGCGGCACUCACUGAGCUGAUAUUCUUCCUUGCAUUUAGGAACAGCAUGCUUCAUUUCAUUCUCUUCUAUAUAUUGCCGAAACUAUACUCCAAUUCGAUGAUGGCGACAUUGAAUGCUCGUCUGGCUAUUCCAGGUCGCACCUUUCGAGAGAGCGGGCAGUGGGAAUGGGCUAAAGGUGGCUUAGGGACGGAAGUGCUUUCUCCCCCAAUCUUCGCAGAGAGGUCGUUACCGCAAGUUGACGAGAAACAAAAAUCUGUUUCUGAACGUCCGUCAGUCGAAACCAUCGUGUCUGACUGCACAAGUACAGUUGAUGCGUUUUGGUCGACAUACACACCUAUCGCGAAAUACUCUCCAGCCUUCUUAAUCAAUCGUACGGCCUCUCACAGGAUCGACGGCUCUGUAGGGCGAGUCACGCUUUUUGACUCCGAGGAUCCUCAUUUUGCAAGGGAACGGGUUGUUUCGACAUGAUACAUACGGGUCAAGUUCGUGAGAGAAGGGUCUUGUAGAUAUAAAUAUGUACAAUACAACUCAAGGGCGGUAUUCUACGAUACAAGAACAUUGAGGAAAGGAUGUGUAUUGUGUGUCUGCC